AUGGAGAUCCAAAAACUCAUUCUCAAGUUCAGGUACCACAUCCUUGAUGCUCUUUUGUUGGUCUCCACCAUCUUCACCAUCCUCUUCUUUGCUCCAAGGUUCCUCACCGUCUUGGACUACUUUUGGCCAUUAUUUUUCUCCACCUCACUCUUCCUUGCUGUCAUUUUCUUAUUCGUUAAGGACUCAGCGUCAUACCCUACUGACAAUUUCAUUCUAAAACCUACCAAGGAACUCCUUAACUAUGUUGCCGCUGACCACCUCCCUGAACCGCCGUUGGACAAUCACAACAACACUGAUUAG